AUGCGUAUAAAAGAGAUCAGAACAUGGGUCGAGGUCGCUUCGAAGACUGGACAACUGAGUAGACAGUACUCUCGGCUCGGGCAAGGAGGUCGAUUCUUUACGGUCAUAGACCUGUUCCUCGAGGAGGAUCACAAGAGCUGCAAGAGGCCGACGUUACACGUGAUAUUUGAACUCGAACUCUCCAAAGAUGACAAACCGACGAGAAUCUUUUCUCUAGACGAUCCUCGUCAAUACGAACGAACAGGAACAGUGGACCCCAGUCAACUCAGUCCACAGCGCCAGAUUUUGUACGCACCGAUAUCUCUGGACAUCAACAGAUCGCAUAGGGCGAUCGACCGCAAGGCAGAGGACGGUCAUUCAUCGAUGAUCUUCACGUGCGUGAAGGCGGCGCCAUACGGAAUGGCGAUACUUGUCCCCGCCAGAUGUGUCAAUGGCAUUUGGACUGGUUACUACUCGCGAGGUCAGAUCACGCCUAACCCAGACAGCCUGAAGACUUCGAACGAGCUGCGCACCGCCGGUGACAUUUUGAUCAAGGAGAUUCUACAGGAGACUCUGGACGAGCAGACACAGCCCCUUCCCGGCUUACCCAGUCUGUCGCUUCUUUCAUGGAAUCCACCGAACUUCUUUCCGGACCAGUCAUACUAUCCCAUCUACCUUGCCGUUCGACUCGUGAAUCUACUUCCAUCGUCCUGGGGCAUCGAAAACCUGGCUCUACCUCCUGACAUCACGUUGACUGUGUAG